AUGUUACAGUCUAAGGAAGAGUUAGAUGUAGCUCAAGCUUUUGAAGAACUUCAUAUGGAUAACCCUUACAUAUACAUGGAACAUUCAACAAGACCUAAUGCCCAAGAUAUACCUGAAUCUUCAGGAGUUAAGGAAGAAACCCCUCCAGAUCAUAUGGAACAUGAUAUAGAUGAUUAUGAAGAAGUAUACAUCCCAGGACAUGGUAAGAUACCUUAUAGACCAGACCAAGCUAGUCUACUGGAAGAAAUGUUUGGAGCUAAAUUUGAACAAGAAAGUCAAGAUAGAGAAAAUAGAAGGAAAUCACCUUAUUACCAGAAAUGGGAAAAGGCGAAUUUGAAAAAGAUGGUAAAAUCAGAAAUAGGAAAUAUACCCAAUUUGGGAAUACAGCUGAUACUAGAUGAUGUGAUAUCAAGCCCUUAUGAUAUAGAAUUAAGAGUAGAUCAAUGGUUAAGAAUGUUGAUGACAGCUACAAUAGGUGGUGGAUUAAAUUCAGUUAAAAGAGAUAACUUUACCAGAUUCAUACCUCAAACUUUUACGGAUUAG